UCACUCAGCAGACACCAAGUCGCAACAGAAAAUUCAAGUUAUUAUCGCUCCCUGUGAUCGGCGCCAUCACGGUUAAGCUGUCUCUGCCACCUGAGUUUUAAAAUACACCGCCGCACCCACGUCCGACACCAGACCCUACACUAUACUUGCGUGAGAACGCUGCGCAGCACUCGACAAAUUAAUAAGGCUUGUAGUCAACAAUUUACAAACAUUACCUACUGGACCACUCAACAUGACGGAACAAGAGAGGGGAGCGGGAGCCAAGUCGUUCUCUAUCAGCAGCAUCCUCAGUAGACCUGAUGGAGAAAAGGAGAGACAACAAACACGGGCAUCAGAGGCGGAGAAGGGCGACAACGCUGCCGAUUCCUCUCCUAGUAAACCGGAGCCAGUGCAUCCAACUCCGUUAUUUCAUCCCACGUUUUCUCAUUUGCUCGAGCGCGGCCUGGUCGGCAAACACCCGAGUUGGUACCCUUGGCCCUACCACGCCCCGUUCCUUCAUCUCCCGCUGGAAAGAAGCGGUUUUCCAAUGGGUCACGUUCACGUCCCAUCUUCACAACAGCUGAAGUUGCACCCUGUCCACUCUCCCCCCGACCGCCAGUCGUCCCCGGCACUGUCACCCCGGAGUCCUACCCCGUGUCCACCAACCCCCACGUCACCACACAGUGUGGACAUCAACAGUGACAAGAGUGACGGCGUCGAGGUAGAUCACGACGACAAAUCUUCAGAGUGCAGUGACAAUAUCAGUGUCAAUGAACCUCUUAACGAAAGCCACGGUAGCGGAAACCUUAAUGAUAGCACGGACUCGGGACUUGAUGACGUUAACAAAAACCGGAGGAAAAAGAAAACUCGCACAGUGUUUUCUCGCAGCCAAGUUUUUCAGCUAGAGUCAACAUUCGACAUGAAGCGCUAUUUGUCCAGCUCUGAGAGAGCGGGACUGGCUGCCUCCCUCCAUCUCACAGAGACUCAGGUGAAAAUAUGGUUCCAGAACCGCCGUAACAAGUGGAAACGCCAACUGGCGGCGGAACUGGAGGCUGCCAAUAUGGCCCACCACGCCCAGAGAUUGGUCCGGGUACCGAUUCUCUACCACGAGAAUGCCCACAGCCACGGAACUCCGGCCGCCGGGGACCAUCACCCUAGCUCCCUCCCGUCAGUGAUGCCCACGGCGUACCCACCUCUGUACUACUCCCCGGGAUACUCGCAGAUCUCAUCUCUCCGCUCAUCCCUGACGGGUAUCGUUUGAGGUGUCAACCAACUUGCCUGCCACGCCGAAAACGCGAUACGAUCUGGCUUAUCAAAUAACAAUUACAUUAUGGUGAAGUUUUCUUGGCAGUUCAUUACCCGAACAAUGGGGGAAAUUGGCAACUCAUUAAAAGACCUGCCGUUUAUAUAUAUCUUCACCCUCAUCGGAAGCCUUGUCCAAUUAACUGUGUUUGAGACAACAUAUUUCUGAGACUGGCAACUGAACGUAACUGUGCGAUUGUUUAAAAGCGGUUAUGAUCCAAACCAGACUAUUCACUUUUCUCUUGGCAUGUACAAUCACUUGUCGCUUGCCAUUUUAUGACGGCAGUUUGUGUUGAUGCUUUGGACUAUUUUAUAUAAGUCGAAGAAUCGGGAAUUAAUUUUAUAUAGGUUAUCGUGCAAGUGUACUUGCCUGUAAGAUUAAAAACGCAUUUCUUUAAAAUGUUAAUAAUGAAGUACAAUUUAGUGAUUUACUUUUUACAAUGACAAAAUACUCUUUUAAAUUUGUAUUUGUGUAUUUUCUUGAAACCAUCGUUGUUUCGUCUCUGUUACAUAGCUUGUGUCUUUUGCGAUAUUGUUCGACAUGAAAUUGUAGUUGCUGACAGAAAAAAAAAAGGAACUGAAAGAAGAAUUCACACGAACGAAGAAUGUUUAAAAAAGCAAAAAUCAAAGCAAGGGCAUGGACGGCCUUUUAUCGAAGAUUGAUAUUCGUUUACUAAAAGGCUUGCGGGCAAGCUGUCGUUAUCUCCGUACGCUAUGGAAUCCAAUCUGUACAUAUAAACUAAGAUAAGUUAUUUUUGUAAAUGUUCAUGUUUUUUCUAUUUCUUUGUAUGUGAAAUAAAUUGAAUUGUAAGACA